AUGAGUUCGGAUGAGCGUCGUGCUCUCGAAGCACUCAAAGAGGACAAAAAUGCCACCAUUGAAGAUUGGCAGGAAGGCUGCGAUGAUAGCUUCGGCGAUGUCUGGAAUGGGACUGAAUCGAUUGCCAUCAGUCACGCUGGUGGCGAAUUUGCUGACCUUGCAAGAGAGGUGUUGGGAGACUUCUGGAAAACAAACAAUCGUGUUCGACGCGUGGAUAACCGCACGCGUCGUGAUCGCAUCCUCCGCAGAAACCAGGCGUUUACAGAGCAGAUGCCUGCGAUGAUCGACGCUUACCUUGCCUGGAGCCUGGCAAAAUCGAAGGAAGAGUUCAAGAGUUUUUUUGAGAGAUUGCGGAAUGAGGAGCUGGAGAGCAACUCGGACUAUGGUGAAUGGUCAAUUAGUGUUAUUGACGUGUUCUACGCUUCGAAAGUGACUCUUCGAAUCUUACCAAUAGACGCCACCAUCUGCUCUGCAAUGGUGUGUCAAGGUGUCAUGCCGUGUUCGCCGAUAUCACCAACUGUAGGAAUCACUACAGAAGCUCUUGACUUAUACCGUGUCGCGCAUCUUAGAAGUCCUCAUUUGUCUAUUCAAGCUUUCGUGAAAACCGUGUGCGACUUGCAUGGGGUGGAAUUUCAUAGACAUCUCUCACGUCAAUUUUCUAUCGCGUUCGACACAUAUCUUCAAAUUCGACGCUCUGUGGCAGAUAUCGUAGCCGAAUCGCUUCAGCGCAACUCACCUGACUGGCGCCUUAAACACGCGUGCCCUACAUGCACAUAUGAACUCACUGACGAAGAAGCACUAACAUUCAGAUUAUUAUAUUCUAUGGACGGUAACGACUCUUUAAAACGAGUCCUGCGGAGGUCUUUAGACCAUGACACCGACGACUCUCUCGCUCCCUCGUCUGAAGUUCCUACGGGCCAACAAUUCACGAGUGACCGGUACCUACCUCGUGCAUUUGUAGACCGGUAUUCUCGAGAGUCCGAAACGACAACAGCUGUAGGUGACGAGGAAGAUGCAGCCACUGAAGACUCUUGCGCUGGACGAUGGAAAAAUAUGGACGACGCUAAAACAAAGAAAGCGUGGGGGAUAUACGACGAAACAGGUAUAUUCGUGGCUGUUUGCCGUCACGGAUUUAUGUUACUUGUCGCGGACAUGGUACAGAGCGGUGAACUUGCAAAGUAUCCCCUUGCUGUCGUUGCAAAGUUGCUGGACGUAUUCGGGAAACAAUUAGGAAGUGGGUACGACAUUGGUUGCCAGUUUAAGACGACACUCGACAACAGCUCCCUUGGACCGCUCGCACGCUCGCUUCAACACACCUGCCUGGUUGGCGCCUUCCACGGACAUGCUCACAGGCGCUUGUGCCAGCUGUUUUCACUCACAACGUACAUCAAGGGUCUGGGCCUCGAGGAUCUCGAAACUGUAUUCCAUCGGCAGCAGGCUAUCGACUGUUAUUUCGAGCACAACGACGAUUUUGAGGUCUACGCUAAUCUUUCCAAUUUUUUGUACUCUAACUACAAACAAGCACUGGACAUCUUGAACGAUGGCGACACAACUCUACCGAAGCUCAUGCAAGACCUGAGACUCAUGGAUGAGAGCAUUUUUGAGCGCUGGCUAGAGGAAGAGAAGACCUACCUCCAAGGUCUAACGCGAGAACCCGAAGAUGAGACCUUGCAGAUGGAGUAUUGGCAGAAGUUGGUAAAUUUCACCGCAAGCGAAGAGGCUCUUAAUGCUGCGAUGGAAGCCUUUCAGGUCUAUUCUCACCAUGAGGCCGCGUCAUAUGACAUUCAGAUGCGAGAUACCCGCAAAGCGGAGACUGCACGACGUCACACUGUCGAGGACCACGAGAGGAAUUCAAAACUUGUUCAAGCACUCGAACGCAAACUCGAGAUCACGAUGCGCUGGACCCCUGAGGAUGCAGAUUGGCAGAGGGUGGGGAGGCUCGUUGCUCAUAGGAAGUACCAACGUGCAUUAGAUCGCCUCGAAGGACUGAUAGUCGCGCGCAUAUUUGAACUGACGAGGAUGAACCGGGCAGCUACAGGCUACAAGCUACGUAAACACAUCGCCAAGGCAUUACAAACACGCUCCAUCGCCAUCCGAAGUGCCCUCAACACAUACAAUGCCAUCGCCGAGGCAAUGCACCCUCCCCGCAAAACGCUUAAGUGGGACGAGGUCGUGGAGUAUGCGUUUCUAGCCGACUUUGACCUCUUACGCGACACACGUGCAGACGUGUCUCAACGGCCUUGGGCAUCGCCUGUUGCUCACAGGGCGAUGGACCUGUAUUUCAAGAUGUGCCGGGCGCGGGAGGAAAUUCAACGCUUGAACGUGGAGGUACGGCGCCUAGUGACAUACAUCCGAGACGAAGACAAAUACCUGCGGGCGUGCGAGGAUCAGUUGAAGGCUGUCAGUCCAACUCUUGCCCAUCAAGUCGCUAUACAUCGAAAUGUCCGAGGACGGUUCAACUCACGCCACCUAAAGCGGGUCCAUGAGAUAUCGACACUUCCUGGCUUCACCGGGACAAUAUCCCCAGGUAUAAGCACUAAUACAGGUCUCGGAGAAAGCUCCAGCACACCGAACGCGCAGAUCCCAUCACAAUUGCUGGUAGAACACUUACCUUUUGAUAACAUUAGACGACCUGCAGCGGCGCCGGAUACUCCGGAUGAGUUAGAUGAGGAGGAGCAGGAAGAGGAGGUGGAAGAGGAGGCAUCCAGAAGUUUGCAAGAUGUGCUCCGUGUUGCUGAUGAUCUCUCGCGACUGGAACUUCAUGAUCACGCCGAUGAGCAGUAG